AUGAGACAUUUAUAUGAAAAAAUUUCAAGUAAUUGGGAAGCAAUAGAUCUUUUAGGUCCUAGAUUAUUAGAAUGCAAAACAUUACAUGAACUAUCCAUAAUGAAAGAACUUGAAAUGAUAGCCAAUAAUAUAAUUAAGACAACAAAUGCCACUGUCUAUCAAGAUGGUGAAAAAUUAAUUGAUGAAAAAUUAUUGAGCUCUUCAAGAAAAGAUUUCAUUGAUAAAAACCGUGAUCGUAUUAUUGAAGAUUUUAAUCAUCAAUUAAAUACAAUUAUUACGCUUGCCAUAGAUCAGGCGCAAAAAUCUUUUAAUGGAAAAACAGAAAGAAGUUGUUAUCUACCAGAGAUGAAGAAAAAAGUUCGUAAAUCUAUGGAACCGCCAAUUCUUUCUGCAGAACAUUUACUGAAAGAAAUGUUUGAAGAACGUUUAACCGAUCUAUUAAGAAAAAUCCGUGUAGAUGAUGCUCAAAAACAACUGUUAAAGUCAGUGCAAAAUGAAUUUGAUCAAAAUAAAAGUCUUCAAUUAGAUUAUUUUAAAAACCAGCUUGAAAAGGAUUUUCAACGUAUUACUGAACAAUAUCAAAAGGAUCUUGAGUCAUCAUUUGAAACAGAAGCUACAAUUAUAGAAAAGAUUUUACAGUUUUAUAAUUCUCAAUUGCUGUGUAAAGAAGCAGAAGCAAAAGAGGAAAAUUUUUAUCAUUUAUUAUUUCGUAUAAAUGAUCAAACACAAUAUAAAAGUCAUUUUGAAAAAUUUGAAAAUUGUUUUUCAAUAACUAGAAGAUACCUAAUGCAUCAGGCAACAACAACACUUGGUAGUUUACGGAGAACUAUCACAUCAUUGUUUAAGAAGCCUUCAGAUGAAUAUAUAGAUUCUCUGUGGACAAUAUUAAAAUACCGUUUAAAAUGGUUUACAAAUAAUAACAAAGAACAGAAAAAUAAGAAAAUAUUUACAGAAAUAUGGAAUGUAGUUUUACGAACAUUUGAAGAAGAACUUUUAAAAUUAAUUAACAAUACGACAUCUUUUUCAUCAAAUCCAAAAACUAUUCACCAUCUUUUUCAACUUAUUAAAAAUGCAAUGAAUUCGCAAUGUAUCACAAGUAAUAAUAAAUUUUUAGAGAAACACAUACUCUGUUCAGAUGUAGCUAUUAUUGGUCUUAAUAUUAUAAUUACUGAAGCAAUAAAUAAGGAAAAGUCAAAUUAUAAAUUAAAUUUAGAAAACUCAACAAAUGAAAUCAAGGAAUGUAAAGAAAAUUUAUUAAAGCAAUGUGUUGCUAUGAAAAAUGCAUUUGAAUUAGGACAAACAUUAGCUGAAACAAUUGGAAAACAGAUCAUUAAUGACAUUGGCCUUCUUUUAAACCGUAGAAUUGAAAAAGAAAUGACAGAAGAUAUAGUUAAAAGUCAAUUUAUUAAUCAUAAAGCUAUACAACAACAAGCCUAUCAAGAAAGUAUAAUUGAAGCAAAUGGUGAAAAUAUUCUUAAAUAUGUUUAUGAUAUUAAUCGUUAUUUUAUUGAAUUCAGUUUAAGAGAAAUUAAAACAACAUUAAACGCUGUAACACAUAAACAUACAUGCAAUUUGCAAAAUUUAAUUACAUUAACAAUUGAUAAAGUGGAUCAAUUUGUCCAACAGUGCAACCAUAACGAUACUGCUAGACUAAGAGAUGAUAUACGUAAGGAAAUUCUUGAGCUCCCUGAUUUAAAACUUGGAGAAACAGCAUAUAUAGAAAUAUUGCAAAUAUUUUCAUUGAAUAAUAUUGUUCGAAUGCCUAUUAAAGAUAAAGAACGAUUUAAAAGAGGUUUUUUAAAUAUUCGUGAUUAUUACCAAGAUAUUGGUAAAAAGGUUACAGACUUAACAAAAAAUAUGAAAGCUAAAGCAUUUAGAAGUUGCAAACGAAGCAUUAUGCAGAAACUUAAUUGUCAAGCACGAUGUCCAGGAUGCGGUGCUAAAUGUAGUAAACCAGAACCUCAUGAUAAAGAAGAGGUUGAAGUCUGGCAAGAUCCAUGCAAAAGUUGUCCGAAAGACAACUGCACAUGUGAACACCCUAAACCAAUAUCUGUUGAAACCCAUGAAGCUUCGCAUCAUUUAGCAUGCGCAUUUCGUGGAUUGAGGGUCUAUAAACUAAAUACUCCUUGGCUUGACUUAUGCUAUCAGUGUUGGACAACAAGUGACAUUUUUAUAAAGAAAAAUCAUCAAUCAGAUGGUUCAGAGGAUGAUGAUGAUUGGGAACGUAUAUCUCCAAGAGCUAAAUACUACAAUAAACAUCAUCCAACCUGGUAUAAUGAUUUAACCAGGCUAUCAACAGAAGGUGAUGGAUGUCAAGAGUCGAUUCCACCACUUGAUCAAAGACGCGCUUGGAUGGUUGUUCGUCAUGCUAUUAUUAAACAUUCUGAUGGUAAAAUGAUUGACAAAAAAGAAUAUGACAGCAAAUUGUAUCCACUGAAUAUUGAAAGUUUACCAGCAGAUUUUGAACCAAAAUGGAAUGAUGAAAGUUUUGAUUGA